GAAACCGACUAUGAACGGUAUUUAUAGGGUCAAGGAGCUACUGAAAGAGAACAUUGACAUCUCAUAAUCUAGUCAACCGUUCAUUAUUUGAGUCUGAUAUGCCAAACUAAAAUUCGCGGUGCUCAGGCCUUUGAGCAGGUUCAGUCAGUCCUUCGGUGUUGAAUUGGUCGCAAAUCUUACCAUACCGAACAUCUGUGGAGUGAGUGUCUCGUCAGAAAGUUAAUGUGAGGUCCGGCAGAGGUCGGGCAAGACACUACGCCGAGUAAAGAUAGGUUGCACCCUCUCACCCGUCCGGGACAGCAGGCCGGUCACUCGCGCUGGAUGGCGUUUCCGAUCUCCGCGACGUUAGCAGUUGAAAGUCUGCACACUAAGACUUAUGCAGUAAGCGGACGGGAUAAUCGAGCUGAUUCCUUAGUCUAGACACAGCAGCUAAAGCAGUCUGGUUAUGUUCAAGCGAGGACUGCCAAAAGACGAGGAUGGGGAGGCCAGGCUCCCCCUCGUGUGUACUGGGUUCAUUCAUAUAUAUCGGUGUUCCCGAGCUCGUGGAAGCCCCAAAAACAAACAUCUUUUGACGAUUUCCUGGUAACACAGCCCUCUGCACCAAACCCCGGGAUUAUCGAUAUCGAUGUAGUGACUCCCUGGCGACCUUUCCUCAAUACUCUUCUUUCAAAGGUCUAUAGAACUAACAACCGAAACAGACAGAAUUCGCAGAUUGCGCCUCAAUCAGCGCGACUGUUGGCGGUUCCUCCCUUGGAACCUCGCUCUCCUCCUCAAUCCUAGAAUAUAGAUAUGAAAAUGGAAGGAGAUACCACGGAUUCAGGAACGGAUCGUAUAUGUUACCAAAUGACGAAGCGGAGCAGGAGCGGCUCGAAUUACACCACCACAUCUUUCGCCUUAUACUAGGCGGUCGGCUCUUCCGAGCGCCCAUUACCGCGAAGCCGAAGAGAGUGCUAGACUUCGGGACAGCAACAGGUGCAUGGGCUAUUGAUUUUGCUGAUGAAUUCCACACUGCCACCGUGAUCGGGAACGACUUGAGCCCCAUUCAACCUUCCUGGGUGCCUCCCAAUUGCAAGUUUUAUGUCGAUGAUGUUGAGAGUGAAUGGGUGUAUACGUCAGAUGAGGCAUUCGAUUUUAUCCAUGCGCGGGGGAUGGGCGGGAGCAUUAAGGAUUGGAACACAUUGUACAGCCGCGCACUCCAGCACCUGAAGCCUGGAGGGUGGAUUGAAAUGCAAGAAUAUGAAGCGUGGGUUCACUCCGACGACGACCCGACGCUUAAGAAGUGCCCCAAUACAUCCCGCUGGCUAGCCCUACUAGAUGAAGCGAGUAUAAAAUUUGGGAAACGCCUGAAUGUUGCUGGUGAGCAGAAGCAGAAUCUGAUCAACGCUGGCUUCAAGAAUGUCCAGGAUGAUAUAUACAAGGUCCCAAUGGGGACAUGGCCCAAAGACCCCAAACUCAAGGAGGUGGGCGCAUUCCAAAUGGAACACAUGUGCAGCUGCAUCGAAUCAUUCACCCUGGCCCUUUUCACCCGCAUCCUCGGCUGGAACAUAGACGAAACCAAAGUCCUGUGCGAUGCGGUGCGAAAGGAAUUCCGUGACCCCAAAAACCAUCUCUUGACGGUUUUCCACUUCGUAUACGGACAGCGGCCGACGUCCUAGGUUAAAUCGAAAAGAAAGGGGGAGCACGAUUCUAUUUUGAUUAUCGUCGUGCUUGCUGGUUUGAUCAUGAUGAUGCAAUGAUGACGAAAACGAUCACUUGCGUUAGCGGAAAGAAGGGGGGGGUUUGAUAUUUUGCUUAACGCCGGGGGAAGUGGUGCUGGGUUGCCGAUGGACACUUGCCUGUUAUUUGCAGUAACGUUUCAUGGGAUAAUGAUACCUCAGGUAUAUUCUUAUACCUCAUUGUUUGGAGAUUGGUGAAUGUUGACAUAGCUCCUAGGGUGGUGUGGUGUUACAUUACCUUCACCAUCAACCUCUUGUGAUGUUAACUAAUGAGAUUUUGGAGUCUUGGGUGCUGAAGCCCUGGUCGACGUGCUUUUUUGUUUCAUUAAAUUUUCUCCCCAAGUUUACUUGUCAAGCUUGCACACUUUAAUUAUUUUUUUUCUAAUAGGUAUAAAUUCGCUCUCUUAUUUCUUUCAUUUUCGGCUCCAACAUAGCCUAUAUUCAUUUAGCAUAUAGUAACUGUCAUCUCCGAUUUCCCCAUUCAUUCAUUCUUUCUUUCUUUAGCAAGUUAAUGAAAAUCCUCGCUUAGCGCCUGACACCGGACACAGGCGAACCGUUAUACUCCA